GGGACAAGGAGCCUCCGGAAAAGAAAGUGCCGCGGCAACAAAGUAGCAGACGGGCUCGGCCGGGCAGCGGGAUGAAGUUGCGCUGCGCCCUGCUGCUUACUCUGUGGCUGGAGAUGGCCACGCUCGGCACUGGCUCAGAGCGCUGCGACGACUGGGGUGUGGACACCAUGAAACAAAUCCAGCUCUACGACGGGGAGCCCGCCAGGAUCAAAUGCCCGCUCUUCGAGACCUUCUUGAAGUUCAACUACAGCACGGCCCACUCCGCCGGCCUCACCCUCAUCUGGUACUGGAUCGGGCAGGAUCGGGACCUGGAGGAGCCCAUCAACUUCCGUCUCCCGGACAGCCGGAUCAGCAAGGAGAAGGACACCCUUUGGUUUCGGCCUGCCCAGCUCAACGACACGGGGAAUUACACGUGCAUGCUCAGGAACACAACCUAUUGCAGCAAAGUCGCGUUUCCCUUGGAGGUUGUUCAGAAAGACCCGGGUUUCUGCAUCAGCCAUGCCAUCAAGCCCAUGGAAGAGAUGUUCUACUUGGAGCACGCUCACGAAAUCAUCCCUUGCCCAGAUAUUGAUGGGUUUUACCCUCCCAGUGCAAAGCCAACUAUCAAGUGGUACAAGAACUGCGUGUUUGUGAAGGACUUCUACGACAUCUAUCCUCACGGGCCCAACCUCACCUUCGGCAUCAUCCGCGACACCUUCAAGGGAGACUACACCUGCAUCGUGACCUUCCAGGAGAACGGAAGGGCCUACAACCUCACCCGAACCGUGCGGAUGAAGGUGGUGGGGUCUCCAAACAAGGCAUUGCCGCCACAGUUCACCUCUCCCAACGAGAAAGUCGUCUACAAGCUGGAACCAGGGGAAGAUCUUGUUCUGCCCUGUCAGGUCUACUUCACUUUCCUGAAGGACUCCCGCACCGAGGUGUGGUGGACCAUCGAUGGGAAAAACACGGACGACAUCACGGACCCACGGGUAAAAGUCACUCAAAGCGAGAUUGCCCAGCUCUUCGGCGACAAGGACACUGUGAGGAUGCUGACGAUUGCAAAGGUCACGCCGGAGGAUUUGAAGCGCAACUACAUCUGCCAUGCCAGGAACAGCAAAGGAGAAGUGCAGCAGCAGGCUCUGGUGAAAAUGAAAGUUGCAGCUCCGAGGUACACCGUGGAACUGGCCUGUGGACUGGGAGCUACCAUCCUGCUGGUCGUGGUCCUGAUAGUCAUCUACCAUGUGUAUUGGCUUGAAAUGGUCCUCUUCUACCGGGCUCACUUUGGCACCGACGAGACCAUCCUAGAUGGGAAGGAGUACGACGUGUACGUGUCCUAUGCCCGCAACGCCGAGGAAGAGGAGUUCGUGCUGCUCACCCUCCGCGGCGUCCUGGAGAACGAGUUCGGCUACAAGCUGUGCAUCUUCGACAGGGACAGCCUCCCCGGGGGAAAUACCAUCGACGCCGUCUUCGACUUCAUCCAGCGAAGCCGGAGGAUGAUCGUGGUGCUGAGCCCCGACUACUUGACGGAGAAGAGCAUCAGCCUGCUGGAGUUCAAGCUGGGCCUCCUGUGCCAGAACGCCAUCUCCACCAAGCUCAUCGUGGUGGAGUACCGCCCGCUGCAAUGCACCCACCCCAGCAUCCUGCAGCUGAAGGAGUCCGUCUCCUUCGUCCCCUGGAAGGGGGACAAAUCCAAGCGGUCCGGCUCCAAGUUUUGGAAAGCCUUGCGCCUCGCCCUGCCCCUCCGCAGCCUGAGCGACGGCACGGGCUGGAACGAGAGCUGCUCCUCACAGUCGGACAUCAGCCUGGAUCACCUCCAGCGGCGCAGGAACCGCUCGAAAGAGCCCUGGGAAGCCGCCGCUGCGCCGCCGGGUGCCACCUGGGCUCCCCGCUCGAAGGCCACGCAGCAGACCAAGCCCUUCCUGGCCUGCCGGUGCUGCGUGACCUACUGCGACGAGGACGGUAAACUCAGCAAGAGCCGCCCGGCGGCUGACUCCAAAUGGGAGACUCGCCUCUGCAGACCAGGCAGGCCUGAGGCACGGAGGGUGCAGAACGGGAGCAGACCGGAGCCCCCCGUGGCCCCGAUCCCGGCACUGGCGCUCCACCAGUACACCGACUUAUCCAACAGCGGCGACUUCUACGUCCUCUAGCCCCUUUCCAGACUGGCUCGGCCUCCUCCAACAUCUCGUUGUUUGCUCUGGAAAGGCAGGAAGGCUGCAACGAUUUAGCUCAGCGCCCUGCAAGCAAACCCACUGGGGACCUGCACAGCUCGGGUGGGCAGCGGGGGCCGGCAGCUUUCCCUCUCCCCACUGACAGCUGCUAAAUGGAAAUAAAAGAAACUAAAUGGACUUCCUCUGCUGCUGCUCGCCCAUCUCAGCAGGGGCUGUGAUGGCCACGGGGCUGCUUCUGGGAUUGCUAACGGGAAAGCAGAGGCAGGAUAAAUGAUCUCUGUGGCAAGUCGUGGCAGCGUUGGAGGGGCCCUGCCUUGCAGCCUUCCCUAUUGAUCUGGGGACCAGACCUCUCCCCUAGCAUUGCAGGAUGGAGCUGUACAGCGCUGGGUCCAAUCUGGUUAUAAAGGGACAUGGUCAUACCCUGACAAUCUCCAAAAAGCCUUUAAUUUGUUGCUGUUCCAAGCUGCAGCGAAGGGAACCGGGAUGAAAGACGGAGGGGGCACGCUGUGCUCCCAACAGCAUUUGGCCUGUGCCGAUAGUGUUUGAGAGGGGUUUUGGAGGUGUCAAGGGGAUCAAGGUGCCGUCCUGUCACUGGAGUCCCUGGAGGGCUGUGGGGACAGGUCUGUGCCAUGGUUUCUCCUGCAGAAUUAGCUUUCUUUUGGGUCGCUGCGGCCUUUCACGCUGCACCAGGGAAUGCAUUACACAUGGAGGGGAAUGGGAUGAAAAACCCAAGGAACAAGCCAGGGGGGUAGGGAGGCACCGAUUAGAAAAGACUGUGUUUGAAACCCAAUGGAUGUCACGCUGGCCGUGUUUCAUGCCAUGACACAAUCGAUGGGCCAUGGGGGCAGAUGUUCUCCCAGAUGUUUCUGGUUCAGGUGCUCAGCUGUAGCUUGUGAGAUAUAACCCCCUCCUCUUGGGACAUUAGUCACUCAUGAGGGGUGGUCUUCAACCCUCCCCUUACUCCCACAACCACCAUUUGGCCAAACCAGGCUAUACCAUCCGGUUUUCUCCGCCUUUCCCAGUAAUAUACCCUGGGCAGCCUUUUCUAUCAUCUGCACCCGAAGACAGGUCCUACAUUUUCUCUGGUGUUGGAGGCAUGAAUUGCCCCUGGGGAUCUUAUCCUCUUUUGCCCCUGUUUUGCCUUCGAGGAUUGAAAGGCCAUAGCCAAUAUUCAGUCACAACUGACCCAAGGAGCUGAGACAAACGACUAUAUUUUUCCCCAAAAUUGUUUCCAGAAAGCCUGAUGUAGAAAGAAAAGAUUUUUUUCCGGAGUCAUGGCAGAUUGCUCCCCAGCUGCUCCAGGUAAAAGGCGACAGUUUUAGCCCUUUAACAGCUGCUGCCCAAUUGACAGCAGCUUUUGGAUGCUCAGCUGAAAGCUACUGCCUGUUCGGCAGGAACGGCGAGCGAGUUAAAACUGGACUUCACCCCUACUGCUUGCUGGCUUGGAGAGAAGCAACAGCCAUUACAGCACAGUGUCUCCAUGCUUUCCUUUCAGCAGAGGAAAUUCGCUUUCCCUCCUUGAAACGUGCAACUCGGUUUUGGAGGGCUGAUUUUUGGGGAAACAAUCCAUGUUGUAUGCAACUAAAUAGGGCAUAAGGGAAAAUGGAGUGGGGUAAAAAAAAUAUCCUGCAACAUGGAGUUAUUCCAAAUAAAACGCAGGUAUGAAAUCAGCCGCCAGCCUAUGACAAACUAGAAAAGUGGGUGCUAGCCUUUCCUGUUAAUCCACCUGGGGCAGGAUUGUGCCUCAAAUGACCUUCCCCAGCACCUCAGACAGGCGCAUUUUAAGUAACUAGGGCCUCGUGUGUCACACCACAGCGACCCCCAAGUAAUUCAGUAGGAAGAGGAGAGGAAAAAAGUGUUUUUUGUGGGUUGUUUUAACACAAAAUCUACUAAACUCCAGGGUGUUUUCCAAGAAAGAAAGAAAACAGAAUAGACACGGUCAAA